AUGCAUUAUGAAAAGUCAGUUAAAACAUUUUACAGCCAGAAAAAUAAGAUCAGCCCCAAAAGCAAAUAUCUGAAGUGUCAAGGCCAAGAUCGGAGCUGUCUAAAGAAGGAUGGGGUCUAUAAACCUCAAGAAAUUGUCCAUUUCAUUCUUGGUUCUUUCUACAUUGUAGUCCUGGCACUGAUCCCUUCAUCAGACCAUUUUGAACUGAACUCUGCCCUAUUUGUCAUUGGGUAUGUGGGGCAAGAUGUCAUCUUGCCAUGCCAGAGCUCUUCUGGGGCUCUGCCACAAAACGUGGAAGUUCAGUGGAAAAAAACUGUAGAUGACAACACGGAGAACAUCUACCAGUUCACAGCUUUCACUGGCCAGGAAACAUUUGGGCAAGGCUAUGAGUCCAGGGCAGUGUUUGCCACAGAGGGACUGGACACUGGAAAUGUUUCCUUGGUGCUGAAAAUGGCCAAAAAGUCUGAUGAAGGAAGCUACAGCUGCAUUGUCAAGACCAAAGACUGGGGUGCUCAGACCCAAACUGUUCUGGUUGUUGAAUCUUCAAAAGGCAACAGUACCUCAGAGAAUUAUUGUUCCUGCACUGCCUUUUGGGUGAUGUUUGUCUUUCUUCUUCUCGCUCUUCUCGCUCUUGCAGUCACUGUUUGGGCAGUCAUACACAAAGGUGCCAGAGAAAAGGAAACUCUCUCACGGAAUGAAGAGCAGAGUGCUAAAGAAGAAAAAGUGGAAAUAAAGGAAGAAGAAGAAGGACUAUUUCCAGAAAACAGAACAUUGCAGGAAGAAAAAAGGUAUGUCUUAUAA